UGAAUCUUGAACUAUGGCUGCUGCCGCUCCGACGACGACCGACGACUACGCCGCCUUUUUGGCAUUGCAUGAAGCGCAAUUGCAGGCCAUUGCCGUGCCAGUCCACCUCUGGCCAUCUUUGCACGCCAAGCUGAGCCGCGAAGUGUUCGACGCGGGGUCGUACUUCCAGUUGGCCAAAGACGAAGACGGCGACUUGCACGCGGUGGUGCUGCAAGACAUCGAUCCGUCGGAUGAUCCCAACGCGAUUUUUCUCAUUGAUCACGCGUGGACGUUCACCACCGACAACAACAAGCCCCGCGACAUGCUGACCAACGUGCCGUCAUUGCUGGGCCGCAUGGAAAACCUCAUGCAUAUCGCGGUCGCGGACGCCGCCGAUAUCGACGCGCGCAUCCACGUCGUGCUGCAAACUAUGUGGAAGUUUGUCAACUCGUACCGGCUGGGCCACCUCAAGCCCGAAGAGGCGGCGACCAUUUGGUACGUGAUGGACGAAUUCGGGUCGGCCAUCGAGCACAGCGACGACCCGACGUUUCGCAUGGCGCCGUUCUAUUAUGCGAAUGCUCAGUGUGCGUUUUCGCUGUUGUGGCCCACGGAUCGAGUGGAAGCGCAUGACUUUGCAACGUUGAAUUACGUGGCAGCACGAGACGACGACACGCUCACGGCCCUCUGCAGUGCCUUGUUUUACCCCGACGGACAAGCGUACUCAAGUGAGUUGGCCGAGAUUGUCGCCCGCCGUCGCCUCCAUCACUCGGAUAGCCACCUCCACAACGAAACCCAGUUUAACCGCGACAACGAAUCUGUCCCUACCGAGACGGCGUCCAACACGAACGAACUGCCGACGCCCAUCAAGAUCUGGACUGAUUUAAAGUUGAUGUUCGAACAUUUAACCGACCCCCGCUUUGAAUUUACCGACAACGAAGCGGAGGCGCAUGUCGUGUGGCCUACGCGGCACAUCAAGGACUACGUGGCCUUGUAUAACAACCCAAAUGUCCACGUGUUCAAUCAGUUCCCCAACGAAAAGAUCUUGACCUGCAAAGAUUUGCUGUACGAGACCUGUCGUCGCGCCAACAACAACCAGCAACCACCGUACAUGGCGCUGACGUUUAACAUGGAGACCGAGUUUCCAGAACUCAUGCAAGAGUACAUUCGUCGCGACCAAGCUGGUUUGGACAACGUGUGGAUUUGCAAGCCGUGGAACCUGGCGCGGUCGUUGGACACGGAAAUUGCUACGACGUCGGCGCAGUUGGCCAAACUGGCGCAAACUGGGCCCAAGGUCGCGUGCAAGUACAUCACCAAGCCAUUUUUGAUCAAGCAGCGCAAGUUUGAUUUCCGCUUCUUGGUCAUGUUGGUGGACACGGAGCCGCUGACUUUGUACGUGAGUGGCGUGUACUGGCUCCGCAUUGCCAACAAUCCGUUCACGAUGGACCGGUUCGACGACUUCCAGACGCAUUUCACAGUCAUGAACUACACCGACUUCGGCGUGGAAAUCAUCAGUGUCGCAGAAUUUGAAGCCCAAUUCAAGCUGGAGUACCCGUUGGAGGACUGGGACGCGGUGAAAGCGGAUAUUUUCAAGUCGAUUCGGUCGCUAUUUGAGGCGGCCACCGCCAGCCCACCGCCGCUUGGUAUACAUAGCAAGCCAAGCCUCGCUUGGGUUGCUUUCGUUUGUGUGUUUAUCCUUCCUCUAUGGUUGUGUAGGCUUGGGUAAGUCGAAGAAGUCGCGCGCGCUGUACGGCGUGGACGUGAUGCUGGAAUGGACGGACGACGGCAAGAUCCAUCCUGUGAUUUUGGAGACCAACUUUCACCCGGAUUGCACUCGAGCGUGCAAAUACUUCAAGGACUUUUACAACGACUUGCUCAACGUGCUCGUGUUGAACAACCCUGACGCGGCUGUCCAUGGCAUCACCAAGUUAUGAGCUACCCACUCUCCUGUGACGAUGACGACUCGCAAUAUAGUGUGCAUUCAGUGCACGUUGGAUAGGGCUGAAUAACUUACGCACGCGUGAAUACAAGCUGCAUAGCAUACGAUAAA